AUGGGAAUAUUUCAAGAGUACAUGCUUCAAAGUUCAUUGCAUGGUGCAAAACGCCAACUUUCAAUUAAGAACGUCGAAAAUGACAUUGAAGCCAGAGAUGUAAGCAUCGAACAGAGAAAAUGUCGAUUUCCAGACGAAAACUAUUUAGAUGUCCACAAAUAUUAUAGUUUCAGCGCUUGCUCUGCUCAAUGUCGUAAGGAUGAACAAAUCAGAUAUUGCAGCUGUAACUCUCACGUAAUGCCUAACACGAAUGUCAGUAUCCAUUGUGACAUAGAUGGACUAGUUUGUCUGAAUGAGCAUUAUGAAGAUCUAUCAAUUGUGAUUGCACCGUGGUCAAGAAAUAGGAAGAAGAGGGGAGUUGUGUGUAACUGCAUGCCGAGCUGCAAUGAGAUUGAUCUUGUUAUGGUCCACGAAGUCCGUGACAACAUUUUUGACCCAAAUGUUGAUCCAUAUUCAAUAAUUGAGCUGUCUAUUGCAUUUUUGCCGACUGAAAGAUUCAAAAGGAACGUGGUGAGAGGAAAACUGGAUCUUGUUGUGUCGAUUGGUGGAUCAACAGGAUUUUUCGUCGGAGCUUCUCUUUUAUCAUUUGUUGAGAUAGUUUAUUAUUUCACGAUUCGAGCUGGAAUUUUCAAUUGUUUGUCCAAUUUUUUUAACAAAAAAACAAAAAAUAAUGACAAAUUUGGCAAAAAAUAA